CCUAUCUCCGCCACCACUAACUUUAGCGUACAUUAGGUAAAGUUCGAAAUUUUACAAGGCUGAAUCAUUCUAAAGCAUAAAAUUCAUCGAAAACGCCACCUCAUUCUUCCUUAUUUCUUAUACGCCUCUAACCAACAUCGUACGGUUCACUUAAAGCUAUGAGCCGUUUGACAACUCCUCGGUUACUCAUCGGUUAUACGGGGGACGGCCUAGGUAAAUCAUGACAAGCUUGCAUCUUGCCCGGCCCCUGGGAAAACUACGGCUUCCACAUUAUGGACUAUCACAUUAUGGACAAUAUGUUUCUCUCCAAAGAUGGAUGAGCAAUGAGAGAGCGCUUACGGAUGAGCGCCGCCCAAAACGCCCGCAAUCAAGCACCUUUUCGAGUGCCUUAGGUGGAUCUACAUCUGAAGGGGAAAUCCAACCUGGUGAUCAUAUCGUUGCUUUCUGCAGAAAGUACCAAGUCUCGUUCCCUUCAGUCCUACGACGCGUUUCUGGAUUUAAAUUGACGCCGAAUCCGUUCGAGUUAGGUGUCUUGAUUUCUGAGAAGCAUUGCUUCACUAAGAAUUCGCUGAGAUACCUGGAUAAAUAUGAACAGCCUUUUACCAAAUCGGUUUUGGAAAUGUACAUUGCCCAGAAGAAGCAGCCUCUGUGGUAUUCAGUCCAUUCUGCUGGUACAACAUCGCCUCUUCCGGGCAGAGUAUCAUCAAGAAGAAUACGCCAUGCGUUUCGCGAUGCGUUAGCCGCCCGAGGAUAUGACCGGGAGGGCAGAAAAAUAAUGACGGACGAUUCUAAUAUUGCGGAUUUGCAUGGGACAGUGCACAUCUAUUGCGCAAAUCCAAAGGCUGCUUGCAAUCUGAAAUUCCCGGAACUCGUAAAGCAAACCAACAAAAUUGUGUCUGCUAUUGAACCCAUGCUCGCACGAGACAAAGAUGGCAAACGUAUCCAUGUAAUGCAAAGCUAUCAACGACCCGGGAAUCAGUACUCAGAAUCGGCGCGGAGGUUUAUGGAUAAUAGGAAAUUGAUGGAUAAGAAGAAAGUUAACACAAACACACAAUAUCGCAGUCGUGCGAAAUGAUAGCUGCUCUCAAUCAGGUACUUACAUGGAAAUACGGAAAAUAUAUUAUGAAAAUAUAAUAUGAAAAAACAUAUCAAUAUAUCUCGAUACAUGAA